UCCUCGCCGCCGAGCCGAACGUUAGCGAACAAACGCAAAAAACAUAAAUGUCAUGAAGUACUAGCGAGGGAGUGUCACUAUAAUCCAAAAUGUUGUCAAUAAAAAGACUCCGAACGUUAACUACGUCGAAAUUUAUAUCAAAAGUGUACCCCGACUUACGAAGCACAGUAACAAAAAAUCAGAUAAAUAAACAUUAUUACUCUAGUUUAGUAGGUUUGUGUAAAUCUGUUACGACUUUGCACCACGUUACAAGUAAAUCAAAAAACCCGUACUUACGUCACUUCAAUGAGGAGUACAAAGCAGUUUGCUUACUGCUACAACGGUCAAAUCUUCCAAAUUUCUACAGUGGGCUCAAUGGAGGCCCCUGCCGUGGAUUGCACACUACAUCAGUGCAAUAUAAAGAAGGGCAAGAAAAUGAUCGAGAUAAAGACAAAAAGAAGAAAGAAGAUGAGAACAUGGGAUCGUUAUUUGUGAAAGCUGCGUUUUGGAUGUUGUUAACAACAUUAUUGAUAAUGUUGAGCUCACUUUUAGUACCAAACGAUAAUACACACAACGAGCUUGUCCGCUAUGUGUCAUGGAAUGAAUUCAUGUACAGUAUGCUGUCUAAAGGUGAAGUGGAGGAGUUGAUAGUCCGGCCAGAUUUAGAAGUAGUCACUAUUGUUUUGCAUGAGGGAGCUAUCAUCAAGGGAAAGAAGGCGCCUCACAGAGUGUACCACAUGAAUGUGGGAGACGUUCACAGGUUUGAAGAAAAACUAAGGGCAACAGAGAAGUCUCUGGGUGUUAAGGAAGGUGUACGAGUAAUAUAUGACAGGAAUGGUGGGGUGGCUAGCAAAUUAAUUACGACCUUAUUGCUAGCGGCCAUUUUGUUGUCUUUCUUUUACUCCUCCAAGUCUUUGAGAAUGAAUAUUAAUCUGGGUGGUUUUAAUCAACUGGGUCGAGCCAAAUUUACCCUGGUGGACUCGAUGGCCGGGCAGGGUAAAGGUGUCAAGUUUGACGACGUAGCCGGUUUGAGGGAGGCGAAGAUCGAAAUCAUGGAAUUUGUCGAUUAUUUAAAGAGACCGGAACGAUACAAAACUUUGGGGGCAAAGGUACCAAAGGGAGCGCUCUUACUGGGCCCACCUGGUUGCGGUAAGACUCUUCUGGCGAAGGCAGUGGCUACGGAAGCCAACGUGCCUUUCCUCUCUAUGAAUGGCUCCGAGUUUAUUGAAAUGAUCGGUGGCUUGGGCGCGGCGAGAGUCAGGGACCUGUUCAAAGAAGCUGCAUCUAGGGCCCCCUGCAUUAUCUACAUUGAUGAGAUGGACGCAGUGGGGCGGGCGAGAACCACCGGCUCUUCAUCGUUCGGCCCUGGUGGCGGUGAGGGGGAGCAAACCCUGAACCAACUGCUGGUGGAAAUGGACGGGAUGAAGAGUAGAGAAGGGGUCAUCGUUUUGGCUUCUACUAAUCGAGCAGACGUUCUAGAUAAGGCGCUUCUGCGGCCGGGUCGCUUCGAUCGGCAUAUUCUGAUCGAUCUGCCCACGCUCCAAGAAAGGGAAGAAAUAUUCGAAAAGCAUCUCAACAGCAUAGUCAUCGAGGAUCUUCCUAAUUAUUACAUAAAGCGGAUGGCGUAUUUAACGCCCGGCUUCAGCGGCGCCGACAUAGCGAACGUGUGCAACGAGGCAGCGUUGCACGCGGCCAGGCACAAAAAGAGCAUUGUCACUGCGGCCGACUUGGAAUACGCCGUUGAAAGAGUCGUGGGUGGCACUGAAAAGAAGAGUCACGCGAUGUCGCCAGCUGAGAAAAAGAUAGUAGCGUACCACGAGUCCGGCCACGCUCUAGUGGGAUGGAUGCUGGAACACACAGACGCUUUACUAAAAGUGACUAUAGUGCCAAGAACAAAUAUGUCUUUGGGAUUUGCACAAUACACGUCGUCGGAUCAAAAAUUGUACUCCAAAGAGGAGUUAUUUGAUCGGAUGUGUAUGGCGCUCGGGGGCAGAGCGGCGGAGGCGAUUACGUUCAACUCAAUAACAAGCGGUGCACGAAAUGAUCUAGAAAAAGUCACCAAAAUCGCCUACGCUCAGAUAAGAGUAUAUGGAAUGUCACCAGUAGUGGGUCUGGUUUCAUUCCCUGACAUGAAGGAGCGCGGCAAGAGUCCUUUCAGCAAGACUCUAAAGAACCUCAUGGACCUGGAGGCAAGGAAACUUAUCGCCAAAGCCUAUUACAGAACCGAAGAAAUUCUCAAACAAAAUAGGGACCUAUUGAAAACGCUAGCGGAAGAAUUGUUGAGAAAGGAGACCCUGAACUUCGACGAAGUCAAAGCAAUAUUGGGGCCACCGCCGUUCCCGCGAAAAAAGUUCAUAGAUCCCAUUGAAUUCGAGAACAGCUUAAGGAACUUGGAAAAAGCGGCAAAUCCCGAAACCGACCUCCCAGUGGGAGCACCUUCGGCCAAACCUGAGUCUGGCUCUGCAUGAUUUCGACUGCCUGUUUUGAUAAACUAUUGUAAUUAAUCUGUUUAUAUUGUUUUAUUGUAAGAUCAUGUUGUAAACUAGUCCAAAAUGCAAUAGAAUUUAAACC